UUUCCUCCCGUUCAGGAUCAUGCCCUUGCGAGUUACCUCUGCUCCUAUUUCCGGUAUCAAGAAAAGAAAGAAACCAUGCAACACAGGGCCCCGCUCUUCGCCAUUUGCUGGCCAUGCUCGCCGCAAAGUUAUCGCAGAGCCAUCCGCUAAUUCUAAGAGCAAUGGCCUCGGUGGCGAAUAUCAAGAAGAGUACGACCAAGGGCCCCUUCCGGACAUUGGAAUAUCACGAUAUAUCUCGGAGACUACUCCGGUAGAGAAUGUUGUUCAGGCUAUAUAUCACAUUCGGGACAGCAUGUUUGAGGACCUGCCUCCUCGAACUGGUAUGAACAGCACCCGUACCGCUGAACUGUUGAAUUUUCGUCGGUCACUUCCACCACUUGCCUCGGUAGCACACGUCCAUGCGUUACUACAUGCGCCAACAAAGGUGGAGAGAGAAAUCAUAGAUCUGAUAAAUUCUGGUCACAUCCGUCGAUUAAUCGUUCCGGGUAGGGGAAACGACGCGGUCGGCCUAGGCGAUUGCUUAGUUCUUUCCGAAGACUGGAAAAGGCUUGUGCAUAACAGUCCUCUAGAAACACAACUCAAAGACAAGUUUUUGGAUGUGCUCAGUCGGCUCGGCACCACGUUCGCCGUUCCUGGCGUCCUUUUUACUACGCCAGAGUGUAUGGCAUUGAUCCGUGCUGGAUUUCUGGUCUCUUCCUCGUCUUUAGCGAAAGGAUCCUCGAGCAUAGUUUCACUUCCGAACUUCUCAUCCACAUCUUCAUUUGGCAACUCAGCCAGUCGGAGUGAUAACGCUGCCUCUAAUGAUAGCGGCAGUCGCUCUCAAUCACACACGGCAACUUUGUUUCUAUCCCUCCCAAACACAGGACCUUAUCUUCGGCUCUUAGGCUCCGGGCGAAUGCAUCUCUUCUCGCUUCUUAAAAGAUCAAGUUAUGGCGAGGUGCCUCUUCAUCUUCUUCGCGAUCGCUGGGAUGGAGCAGUCGAAACAGAUAGAAGUUUCUGCAUGGCGAAAAGGAUACGGGGCGAUCACGCGGGUGUUUUACCAGGUAGAACAAAGAAAUGGAAGGACCUAUGCGGUAUGAACUUUCGCUGGGUUCUGGGAGAGGCCCUCGGGGCUGGUUUGAUCGAGAUCUUUGAUACCGGUAGUGUUGGCCCUGGGGUACGUUUCCUAUGAUGAACCCUUAGGAUUCAACCAGUAUGAAGAUGGGUGUAUCGGAUCCUAGAAGAGCGACUGUCUAUGUUUACCCGCGGAGAUGCAAGCUAUAGACACAAAACAUCGUUAUAAGUAGUACUAUAUAGUAGACACACUAUAGGCUUUAUGUAGUAGAAA